UAUAUGUGUGGAAAGUACGAGGAACAUGCUUGUCGUAUAACUUAACGAGUGUAGUUUGCUAAGACUUGUUUCGCAAGUGGAAGUUAAUGUUUAAUAAGAGUCAACAGUCAUGCAACAAGACGAUGUAAUUUGGAGCAUAAUAAACAAUACAUUUUGUUCUUAUAAAGUCAACACCAAAACCCAGCAGUUCUGUAGGAAUGAGUACAACCUGACAGGUUUGUGUAAUCGUUCAGCGUGCCCUCUGGCUAACAGCUUGUAUGCCACAAUUCGAGAAGAAAAUGGCAUCUGUUACCUCUACAUGAAGACCAUUGAGCGUGCAGCCUUUCCAGCUCAACUGUGGGAGAAAGUCAAGUUGUCUAAAAACUAUGAAAAAGCCAUGGAACAGCUUGAUGAGCAUCUCAUUUACUGGCCUCGCUUUAUUCGACACAAAUGUAAGCAGAGAUUCACAAAAAUAACCCAAUAUCUGAUUCGGAUGCGCAAACUCCGACUUAGAAGGCAGAAAAAGUUGGUUCCACUGCAAAGAAAAAUCGAAAGAAGAGAACGACGUAGAGAAGAAAAGGCUCUGGUUGCAGCAAGGUUGGAAAGUGCAAUUGAGAAAGAGUUAUUAGAGAGAUUAAAGAAGGGAACUUAUGGAGACAUUUACAACUUCCCUCAACAUGCUUUUGAUAAAGCUUUGAAUGAAGAAGAGGAAAGUGAAGUAGAAAGAGAGGAGGAAAAAGAGAUGGAACAGGAACUGGAAGAAGAGAAUGAAGAGACUGUAGAGUAUGUUGCAGCUGAUGAUAUUGAAGAAAGUGAACCCUCAGAUAUUGAAGACUGGGGCCAAAACUAUCAGACAGACACUUCCACAUCAAGUGAAGAUGAGCAUCCUAAGAGACCACCUGUUAUCAAAAGGAAGAGACCACACGUAGAGAUUGAAUAUGAAAAAGAAAUGGAGCCAAGUACAUCAAAAGCCAAAACCAGUAGUUUUGAUACAUAUUUAUAAAAUUGUAUAUAAAAUGUUUUCCAAAGAAA